AUGUCCCAAUUUGACUUGGAGAACGUGAACACAAACCCAGAGCGCGUUGCUGAUACCACAAUGAAUUCCUUAGCGCUCAGCAAAAACAAUUUCUUGAGCUUCACUGAGUUGGAUAACAUGACGGAUUCAUAUGGAGAGAUUGUUGAUUGUGGUCAGAAUGCUGAUGAGGGCUGUUAUAGGGAUAGUGCAGAUAUGCGACAAGGGGUGUACAAAUUCAGCAAAAAAGCCAAAAAUGGACUCAAACUCUUAGUGGACAAGAAAAUCAUCCAACACGAACCCGAAUCGAUAGCGGCCUUAUUCGCGCAGGCCAAAAAGUUGCGAAUUUCAAAGACUAUGAUUGGUGAAUACCUGGGUGAACCCGAUACAUUCAAUCUAUCAGUACUGAGUGCCUUGGCCGAUCUGAUCAAUUUCCACAACCAGACUUUCGUCACGGCGUUGCGACUUUAUUUGUCCUAUUUUAAGCUUCCUGGAGAAGCGCAAAAGAUCGAUCGGAUGAUGCAGGUGUUUGCAGACCGAUAUUAUUCACUGAAUGCGCACCGACACGGCACCGAUGAGAUGCCAAUCAACAGCUCCAGUGCAACUUAUGUGCUGGCGUACUCCACCAUCAUGCUCAACACAGACGCACACAACCCCAAUGUCAAGCGGCGCAUGACUGUUGAUGACUUCAUUAAGAACAAUCGGGGAAUAAAUGACACAGAAGAUAUCCCGCAGCCGUUUUUACGACAAAUUUACGACGAACUGCAGACUACACAGCUUAUGACAGACGACGAAUAUAUGAACGAAAUGAAGGCGGAAUUCGCGGACUCGGGUUCUGAUUUUGAGCCUAUUAUCAACAACGCCUGUCGGUAUCUAGUACAAGCAGUGGACUGUCAACAGUACAGUGACGCGAACAAAGCGCAGUCGAACAAAUCAGAGGGACAUCUGCGCAGGCUGUCUCUGUUUAACGACAUGCUGGUAGUGACUAAGAAGGUGAAGAUAGAGCACAGCUAUCGAGAUGCCAUUGCCUUGCACGACGCCACAGUCCUAAGUUUCGGGAGUGAGAGAGCGACAGGGUUCCAACUGAUGGACGCGUUUAAACGUUUACACGGACCGUUUAUAUGCGAAGACGCUUACACAACGAAUAGAUUCGUGUCAUCCCUGCGGAGUUUGAUAGCAGAGGCCAGUGUCUUGGACGAGGCAAAAGGAGUGUGUGCGCCCUUACGAACGCUGCAUUCGGAUUCAAUGGGGACUACACUGCCCCGUAUGUCGGAUGAUAAAAUCGCCAGCUCCAACUUACUACUACACACAACCCCUGCGCGCUUGCCUUUGGGCGACACUUCGCCGUCAACCUCCCCACGGCGAAGAAGAACGACAAGCGUUUCAAAGGGAAUGAGCACAGUGCGCAGAGCCCUUUCAAUUUCUUCGCCGCAAACCAAACGUUCGUCCAAGACAUACAAAACGCCACCCAUUCAAUCGGAGUUGCCCUUGGUAUCGAUAUCUUCCGCGGAGGGUGAGAAGUGAAAAUUUAGUUGUAGAGGCUCGAUGUUUAACCAUAUGUAUGUUCACUCAAUCGUAUGCUCACAAAAAAUAAAGCCGAAACACUAG